CUCAUUAUUUCGCUAGAGGAACUGAAGGGGAGGAGAAGAAGGCGAAGAAGCGGCGAGGGGGGCGGGCAACAGACUGCCAGCAGCUGUUGCUGGUUUCACAAUGGGGCGGCCCCUGUUGGCCAGGGGCAGAGAGGCAGCUCAGAGCGAAAGGCGACUCGCCGUCGGACGCUACGUUGUAUCCCUGAUCCGGAUGGUGGGAUCGCCUCGUACUCGGACAGGGCGCCUGCCUCCCUCUUCCUUCGGCUGAUGCUGUAGUCUCCUCAGAAACCUGUCUGCUACGUGGUGGGCAUCCUGGACGUCCACCACGGGCCGGAGGAGCAGGGCCCAGCUGUAGAAGAUGUCCAUAAGUUAUCCAAAAUGUCUGGUGCUGUGCCUUGGCCUUGUGACGGUGCUGCUGAUUCUCUACCUGCUGUUCGUCAUCCCCCGUUUACGGCCUGUACAGCCUUACCCCAGCAGGCAGCCAAGUGGGACCCCUAAUACCCCAAAGACCUCCAAGCCUGGCCAGACGACAGAGCCCACGUACAUCGGCGAUAAGUAUGCUGUAGACUAUGUGCCUUUUCAGACGAAGUGCCAGGAUGGCAUCCGGCAGAAGGUGAAGCUCACAAACUUUAGUAAGACGUUCCUGGACCGGAUUCCGGUUCUCCAGUGGCACAAACAUGCCACACCACAGGAGUAUGAGCGGCUCCGCCGGUACCCUGGGGCUCAUGGCUGGGGAAGCGUUGACUACAACACUGUCUCGGAGACGUUAUCCAUCCUCAACAUAUCGGCCAGCCGCCUCAUGUUCGAUGACUGGGAGACCCGGGCCAACGGCUCCUCCUGUAUCCGCUGUGCCGUGGUGGGGAAUGGUGGGAUCCUGCAGGGAUCCAAGAUGGGUCGCGAGAUCGACCAGCAUGACUACGUCUUACGGACCAACGGAGCCGUGAUCCAGGGCUUCGAGGAGGACGUGGGCUCGCGCACCUCCCUGUACAUCUUCUCCACCAAUACCUUGAGGAACUCGAUGCGUGCUUAUGCCAAGCAAGGCUUCCAGGGUCCGCCGCAGUCCGAGGAGACCAGGUAUGUGUUCCUGCCUGACCAUGACCGGGACUACCUCCUCCUGAAGGCCGCGGUGACACGCAGGCCCGUCACGCGGGGGCCGGAGCGCAGCAAUGUGCCGCCAAAAUACUUUGGAGAUAAUGUCACAGCGACGAACUUCAAGAUCUAUCACCCCGACUUUAUCCGGUACCUCAGAAACAGGUUCCUGCGCUCCUCAACCAUGAAAACCAAGUACAUGAACAUUUAUCGACCGUCCACUGGUGCCGUCAUGCUUCUGGCUGCGGUGCACACCUGUGACCAGGUGGACGCCUACGGCUUCAUGACGCCAGACUAUACCAAGUAUUCUGACCACUACUAUGACAAGGUUUACCGGCGUGUCGCCUUCUACGUCAACCACGACAUGCGCAUGGAGAUGCAGCUGUGGCAGCAGCUAAACAAGGCAGGCCUCAUCCGCCUCUACAUGCGGGCCUGAGUCCUCCCCCCCCCCCCUGGUUGCCAUGGCACCACAUCCUGCUUCCAGAACUGUCGGGUGUUUGUCGGAAACACACAAUUGUCAGUGUUCGGUGAGCGAGAGGGAACACUUUCCACUUCCUUAUAUUCAUCCAAUAAAUCCGUAUAUUUAUUUUAUUUCUCAGUUUGUAUUGAAGCUACUUGUGAAAUGAGUCCGAUUCUGUUUGCCUUUCAUUCCCUGUGAUUACGGAGACCGUCCUGGUCUCAGCUUAUUGUGCUCUGCGAAAGUCAUGGUCUGCAAUUCCACCAAGUGGGCUUCCUCUGAUUUAUGUCUGCAAAAUAUUGAAGGAAAUGUCUGUGAUCUAUCGGACCUCUGCACCAAUGCCGCGACUCUCAAAGGUCCCAACAGAUGUAUUUAUGCUGGCACAUUCUAUGUAAAUAUGAUUUUUAAAUUAUUUUUUUAAUGAAUCAUGUGUGAGCUUACAGAAAACACACACAAGUGCCUGUUAAAUUUUCUUUUGCGAUUUUCCUGUUUCUUACGGAACAGCUGAUGUGAAUGUACUGUGAGGGCCAUGUCCGUGGCGAUGGCCGCGUGCUGUGUCAUGUGAUCAUUGGCUUCGGUUCAACAGCUAAUGGUGAAUCCAGUUGAGAUUUUAUUAACAGAUUAAUGCACAAAAUCUAAAUGCAUUUCUAAUUAACUGGUGUUUUGGAUCCAAUUGUGUUUGAGUUGUUUUUAAUAAAAGUUUUUAAUAAGUCCA